ACUUCAAUCUGAAUUCAAAACUCGAACGCUCAACAUCUUUGCUACACAGCGCUAUCUACCAAGCAAAAUCUCAGACAUGGCUUCUGAACUUCAAUCCAUCUACAGCUACGGAGUCGAUCUGAUCAGCAUUCUCCAAUCCUCAUUCCCCGAUGGAGAAAGCUUCUUCAUGGACAUUUCCAAAAUCUUUGAUCCCAAAUAUGUUUUCACUGUUUACUUCCCCAUCAUCUUCGCGCUUCAAUGGGCCAUUGGCGUUAAAUUAUUGGGCACCAUCAUCGUCGUUGAAUGGCUCAAUCAAGUCUUGAAAUGGCUGAUGCACGGUGAUCGUCCUUACUGGUGGGUUCACGAGGUGGAAGUCGCUUACAACUCAACAUCGCUGUUACCUGAGAUCUUCCAGUAUCGUUCCACCUGCGAAACUGGUCCAGGAAUGCCGUCCGGCCACUCGAUGGCCAUGUCCGCAGCCUGGUACGUCGUUGUCCAAUCAUUCAUCGAUCGUGUCGUGAAACCUUCAAAAAUGAGUUCUUUAUUGAAACAACAAUCCAUUCAACUCUUGUGGGCCGCUUUCGUUGUCAUUCAAACUCUUGUGGUUAUGUCGAGGAUGUACAUCGCCGCUCACUUUCCCCAUCAAUGCGCUCUCGGACUCUUUUUGGGUGUUUCAGUUGCUCAUCAAGUGUACGGUUCAUCAAAGUGGUUGAACCUUAAACGCGGCCAAUGGCUCCUCGUCGCUUCCGUCAUCUUGGCCAGUGCCAUCGGUACUUAUUCCUUCUUGUUGUUAACCGGAAGGAAUCCUGCGUGGUCCAUCAGCCAAGCUUACAAAUGGUGUGCCAAACGAGAGUACAUCCACGUCGACACUACCCCAUUCUACAGUCUGACACGUUACAGCGGUGCGGCCUUCGGUCUCGGUCUCGGCUUAACUUCAACCUACUUUAGCCAGACGGAAAGAACGAGCUUCACCCGAGUCCAGACGAUGGUAACUUUAGUUUUGGGUCUUAUCCUCGGGUACGGAGCGGAGCUUGCGCACGUUGCCAUUCCCAAGACAAACGAGUCGGUGUUUUACACGCUGGAAUUCCUGUUGAACGUCGCCUUCCCCUACAUCGCCAUCGCAUUGGUACCUUAUGUCGUGAUGAAGUCUUCAGUAGAAAAAGUAAAGUCCUUCUAAUUCGUUCAUUUGCAUCCUGGAAGCAGCACGCCGAGAUAGCGUAGCUGACACACCUCUGACAGUAUUCUUUUGAUUGAAUUUAUUUGUUGGCUUACCUGAAUGUGGUUACAAAUCCCUAAAUUUUCCUUAUUUACGCCAUUUAAAUAUUUGCUCUUAUUAAUGGAAAAUGUUGUCAUUAACUGUAAAUAUUUUGUACACAGGGCCAAUCUUUUUUUAUCGUUGAUCUAUUUCAGACAUUUAUUAGGACAAUGUGACUGUGUCUCAGUUCUCCUAACUGUUUGUUUUCAUGUGCAAGAGUGUGCCUUAUUUGUGAAUAAAAUUAAUUUGAUUCGUUAA